AUGAAUCUGGAUGUUAAACAGAGACCAUCUGGCUUGCUUUGCAACAAGAUUAUGAGCCAUGAUAACCAGUUUACAAAUGAAAAGCAUACGGAUGAAAAGCCUGUGAAAGGUAUUGCUAUGAGUUCUGUCUCAGAAUUCAGCAUUACAGAUGCUUCAUCAAAGGAUACCAAAAAAGAGAAGAAAUUGUCAGGCUCCAGCACAUCAUCCAUUUCUUCCCUGGGGAAAUGCAGAAAGUUCACCUACAUUGAAGAUGACGCAUCAGUACAUCAGAGAGACAGUGACGAUGAAUGUGCAACACUUAUCCUGGCCUGCUUGUUCUGUCAGUUCUGGGACUUUCUUAUAAUGCUGCCUGAUACCUGUGAACAUUGGCUGAUAGAUACCUGUUGUCCAUCCAAUAGAUACUACCAGACCUCCAAUGAAGACCAUGCCAACAACGACUGCAACUGUGACUGUGACAUUGACUGCAGCCUUUUUGAGUCCUGUCAUGAGACUAGUGAGUGCCUGGAACUUGCCUUGGAGAUUUCUGAAAUCUGCUAUCGCUAA